AUGGGUAGUUCGGAACCCGGUUUCGAUGAUUUUCUUCAAGACAAGAAACGCGCUAGGAACCCAUUUGUCCCCGUUGGCGCAUUUAUUACUGCCGGUGUACUAACAGCUGGCUUAAUCAGUUUUAGACAAGGUAAUUCUCAGUUAGGCCAGAAGCUAAUGAGGGCUCGUGUGGUUGUCCAAGGUGCUACAGUGGCACUCAUGGUUGGUACUACCUAUUAUUAUGGAGACAAUCCUUGGCAAAAGAAAUAG